AUGGCUUGGAUGGGUGGCCAGCCCGCUCAGGGCCGAGACCCUCUGCUACGGGUGCACCAAAGACCCGGCAUCUGGAUCUCUGGGCUGCUUGGCUUCUUUUUCAGAGGGCGAGCCGGGUCUGGCAUCCCACAUUCCGCCAUAUUUUCCUACAGCAGGACUGCUCCAUACUCAUCUGCCUCGUCAGUGCGAAUCUUGAGACUCACGGACUGUAGGAUGAUGAUCGCCCUCAACUGCCGGGACGACAAGAUCCACCAGUUCGCUCGCUCGCCCGCUCCCUACCGUUACCGCUCCCGCGCCGAGCCCAGCCCAAGUGCGGCCAAGCCGAUCCCAGGAGCAAUGGCCAGGGCGGCUCUCGCGAGUGUCACCCGUACAGUAGCGUAG